AUGGUUUUCAACAUCACCUCCAUCAAAACCUCCUCCGAUGGAGCUUGGCAGGGCGAUAACCCCCUCGACUACGCCUUCCCUCUCCUCAUCGUUCAAACCUUCCUCAUCCUCCUCGUCAGCCGUUCCCUCGCUUUCCUUCUCAAACCUCUUCGCCAACCCAAAGUCAUCGCUGAGAUUGUCGGUGGGAUUCUGCUUGGCCCAUCGGCUUUCGGAAGGAGCCAAGCUUACAUGCACCGUAUAUUCCCAUCUUGGAGCACUCCCAUACUCGAAUCCGUCGCUAGCAUAGGUCUUCUCUUCUUCCUCUUCCUCGUCGGUCUCGAACUCGACUUAACCUCCAUUCGCCGGAGUGGUCGCCGAGCCUUUGCCAUAGCCGCCUCUGGCAUCUCUGUUCCUUUCAUUUUGGGCAUCGGCGUCGCCAUGUUGCUUCGAAAAACCGUCGACGGAGUGGACAAGGUUGGUUUCGGUCAGUUUGUGGUCUUCAUGGGCGUCGCACUCUCCAUCACGGCAUUCCCUGUGCUCGCUCGUAUCUUAGCCGAGCUCAAACUCUUAACUACCCAGGUGGGAGAGAUCGCCAUGGCCGCAGCCGCAUUCAACGACGUCGCAGCGUGGAUCCUACUGGCUCUGGCAGUAGCUAUAGCCGGCGACGGCGACGGGGGGCAUCAUAAGAGCCCCUUAGUGUCAGUGUGGGUUCUUCUUUCAGGGGUUGCUUUCGUAAUUUUCAUGAUGGUCGCGAUCCGACCCGCGAUGAAAUGGGUGGCCCGGAGAUGCUCGUCGGAGCAUGAAGCAGUUGACGAGGCGUACAUCUGCCUGACCUUAGCCGGAGUGAUGGUGUCGGGUUUCAUGACCGACUUUAUAGGGAUCCAUUCGAUAUUCGGAGCAUUCGUGUUCGGGUUAACAAUUCCGAAAGGAGGAGAUUUCGCCGAGAGACUAAUAGAGAGGAUCGAGGAUUUCGUGUCGGGUCUGCUUCUCCCGCUAUAUUUUGCAUCGAGCGGGUUGAAGACGGACGUGGCGAAAAUCAGAGGCGGUGAGGCCUGGGGGCUACUGGCCCUGGUCAUAACCACUGCCUGCGCCGGCAAGAUACUGGGGACAUUGGCGGUGGCGAUGAUGUGUUUGAUUCCGGCGAGGGAAUCCUUAACGCUGGGCGUCCUCAUGAACACCAAAGGCCUGGUGGAGCUUAUCGUGCUCAACAUUGGCAAGGAGAAAAAGGUCCUGAACGAUGAGAUGUUCGCUAUUCUGGUUCUGAUGGCUCUGUUCACCACCUUCAUCACAACCCCGACGGUGAUGGCCAUCUACAGGCCCGCACGUGGCAUCUCAGCGAGGACCCACCGUAAGCUGGGCGACUUAUCUUCGAGCUCCAAGAAAAAGGCGGCCGGGGAGCUGCGAGUGCUAGCCUGCGUGCACGGUCCCGGCAACGUACCCUCCAUCAUCAGACUCAUCGAGCUAACUCGCAGCACCAAAAAGUCUCCCCUCAAGUUGUUCAUCAUGCACCUCGUUGAGCUCACCGAACGCUCCUCCUCCAUCGUCUUGGCCCGGCGCGCCCGCAAGAAUGGCUUCCCUCUCUUCAACCGCUUCCGCGGUGGACAGUGGCAUGACCGCCUCGCCGGAGCCUUUCAGGCCUAUAGUCAAUGCGGACGGGUUUCCGUCCGGCCCAGCACAGCCAUCUCUUCCCUGUCCACCAUGCACGAGGACAUUUGCCACGUGGCGGAGCAGAAGAGAGUGACUAUGAUUAUCUUGCCGUUUCACAAGCAGUGGAGGAUGGAAAUGGAGGAGGAAGAAAUUGGGAGUGAGAGCCACGAGGCAUGGGACAACGUGGGUCAUGGAUGGCGAGGUGUGAACCAGAGGGUGCUCAAGAAUUCACCAUGUUCUGUGGCAGUGCUUGUAGAUCGAGGAUAUGGAAAUGGGUCAGCAGGAACAACCCCGAACGUUACCCAACGAGUCUGUAUUUUGUUCUUUGGUGGGCCCGAUGAUCGAGAGGCCAUCGAAUUGGGUGGCAGAAUGGCUGAGCAUACGGCGGUUAACGUCACCGUUGUGAGAUUCGUGGAUACAAAUGGGUUGGCAGGUGACGGAGUCGUGUUACGCCCUUCCCCAAAUAAGUGCAGCGAGAAAAACUACAGCUUCUCCACCGCGACGAUGAACCGUGAGAAAGAGCAGGGCCUAGAUGAAACUACUCUAGAGGAGUUCAGAAGGAAGUGGAAGACGGCGGUUUAUAUAGAGAAGGCAGCGAGCAACAUAGUGGAGGAGGUUUUCGGGAUAGGACGUAGCGGGGAUUACGAUCUGAUAGUUGCUGGGAAGGGGCGGUUUCCGUCGAGCAUGGUAGCGAAAUUGGCAGAGCGGCAGGCGGAGCACGCGGAGUUGGGUCCAAUCGGAGACAUUCUGGCGUCGUCAGGACAAGGCGUGGGGUCGUCGGUGCUGGUCAUUCAGCAACACGCUGCGGAAGUGGGAGACGAGUCUCCCGUAUCUAAAGUGCUAGUUCAGUACGACGAGUCGUCCAUAGGGAAAGGCAAUUCGACAUCAAACGACAACAACGUUUAACGGAACCGAACUGGUACUACUUAUGCGUUUAACGGUUGGUCUUCUGUAGCUCGCCAAUUCUUGGUUUCUGAAACGGCAAUGCUCAGUUUGAUGGCAGGAAAAUUUCCCAUGAAGGGCCUAUAAAGGCAAAAAGCCAAGGAUCAGCAAGUCAGCGUAGCGUCACUUCAACUUUCUUAAGUACCUCGUCACAUGCAUAUCAAGGAAUAAUGCAUCGUCUUCAAGAAUAAAGGCAAAGACGUCGAGCUUGGGUUCGUAUGAGAUUUAGUUACUUCCUCAGUCUGUGGAAAAUCAGAAAAUGUGUAAAUUGGCGUCAACUAAUCCGCAAUAAAAGUUCUGUAGUCAAAUUAUGUCCAGUAAGAAAUGUAUUUCUAUUGGCAGUUGUU